CCUGCUCCCAAUGUCCGGCUGCAGAGGGGCGGACUCGGGCUCCCCGGUCCCGGAGCUGAUCGAUGUUAACAGUAACCGUGCGCUGCGCUCGCUGGGCCGAAUGUCGAGCUCGCCAGCGGCCGGCCACCGAGUGCCCGAGCUCCAAGAGCAACUUAAUGCGAUGAAGCGCCAACUGACCGAAAAAGAAGAAUUAAUUGCCACACUCAGUGGUGGAAGGAGUCGGAGCAGAUUGGAUUCUCAAAAGGGAAUCUUUGAACCAAUGGUGGAAAUUCCAGUUUUACGUGAACAACUGAAUCAUUAUCGGGUAGCUUCUGAAAUAGCUCGCAGUGAACUGGCUGCACUGCAGGUCAAAUAUAAAAGCAGUCAGGCUGAGCUUACAGACAUUUGUUUGAAGCUUGCAUCUCAAGAAGGCUAUGUCCAGGAGCUAAAGGCAGAAGUCGAAGGCUACAAGAUGGACAACACGAGGCAGCAGUCGCUCAUUGGUUGCUUGAGAGAGAGAAUCCUGGAAUCUGAGGAGAAGUCUGGAACGCUGCUUUCUUCAAAGACUGAAGCCGAAGUAACACUGCAGGUCUUACAGAAUGAGAACAGAGAACUCCAACAGAGGAAUACAGAAUUAGAGAGCAAACUCAGGAAAUAUUUAACAGAGUGGGAUGAGGUCAAGCAGGAAGACACAAGAAGAACGAAAGAGCGUGAUGAAUUCUUGGAGAAACUCGCUCGUGUCAUGAAUGUUGAUUCUAGAGGAACAGAGCAUCACCUGGAUUUGCUGUUGUCACAGGUGGGAGACUUGUACAGAGAGAACACCAGGAAGAGUAUCCAGAUUAGAAGCCUUGAGGAGACCGUCGGUGCCCAUGACAUGGAGUCGAAAGCCAGCCGGGAAACUAUCAUGAGGCUCGUCUCGGAGCUGGGUAGGGAGCAGAAAGCUGUUGCCUCCUAUGUGCAGGAAUUAGACACCAUUCGUAAGGAGUUAGACAAUGCACUAAAUGCCAAACACCGCCUUGAAAGAGAGAACAGAAGCCUACAGGACAGGCUGGACUCAACACAAAGAGCAUUGGAAGCCUCGAAAUUAGAAACAAGAAGCUGGGAACAGCGUUCCAAAGAACUGGAUGGGAGUUUAUUGACCAGCGUGUGUGAAGCCAAAUCGGUUCACACUCAGUUGGAGGCAUUCAAGCAUCAGUUGGUGUCCCUGCUCAGCAAGACGGAUGUGAUAGUUCCACCCACUGAAGAAGCUAUCAAAGAAAGAAUGCGUGAAGUUUGUAACAGUGAGGAAAAUAGCAAACAGACAGUAUCACAGCUGGAAGAGAAUGUGACCAAACUGACACAGCAACUGGAGAAGCAGGUGGAUCUGCACCAAACUGCACUGCAACGUUGCAUCAAGGCAGAGCAAGAGCUAUCAGAACUUCAGGAGAAAGUUCGAUUCCUGGAGGGAAACCUGCUAACUGGAGACGUGCUGUGUGAUACCUUAAGCCAGGACAAACAGAAAUAUCUGAAGUUCUUGGAGGACAUAGCAGAGAAGAUGAAACUGGAGAGGGUGACAGCAGAGAUUGGCUUCGAUAUGCAGCUGGAUGCAAUUCUUGCUCGUGCUGAUCAGCUGGUUAAAAUGGAGAAUGAGGCCAUUAUUGAGAACAAGACCGUUCUGUACAACCUGAAGAGAAAGCUUAAAGCCCAGAAAGACGAGUUAGUUAGCAAAGAGCUGCACAUGGACCUGCUGAGGAGAAAGAUUGCACAACUCGAUGCAGAGAAACAAACACAAACUGCACUGGCAGUGGAGAGAGAUGAGGCCAACUUAACCGUGCGGAAGCUGAAGAAAAAGGUGGAACGCCUUGAGAAGCAACUUGUCGCAGCACAUACCUCCAGCUUAGAUCUGAAAGCAAAACUCUCUGACACUCAGGAGCUUAAGAUUAAAACGCUGGAGCAGAGCAAAACAAUAGAUGAGUUGAAUAAAUCUAUGAAGAAGUUGGAGAAGUUGAAGGAGACAGCCGUUGAAAAGCUCAACACCACAAAGUCAGAGCUGGACCUCACUGAGCUUGAGGCAAAGGAGGAAAAAGAGCGAGCCCGGAACAUUCUGGAAGCUGUGGGCAGUGAGCUGAAGACACUCAAACAAACCCUGCAGGAAGUGGCCAGAAGAGAGAGACAGCUGUUGGAUUUCAGGGAGGUUGUCUCACGGAUACUGGGCCUGGACAUUGAUGCUCUUGCACUUCCUGACUAUGAAAUAGUCAAACGGCUGGAAAAGCUUGCCCAGGCUCACCACACGUCUGCCAUGACGGCGCUGUGCCUUGAGAAUUCGAUGGGUAAGCUACACCAGGGCUACGUGGCAGGAUGCGAGGCCAGGCAAAGGUUGGCCGGCAGUCUGAACCAUCCAGGCUCCAAGCCAAUGCCUGCCUUGCCAGCACGAAGACCGAAAAGUAGCUCAUAAGGAGCUUUAGAAAUCGACGAACAUCAGUCAACAAUGUCCAGAUCCUGUUUGGAUCGACUAUUUCAAAUUAUCACAGUCUUUCUGCACUCCACCUUUCCUGCGAUGAUCUUGCAACCUUGAGCCCAAGUGGCCAGCUAUGCUUCAGUUAGUAACCCCUGACCCAUGUCGGAAGUAUGUGGGAUUAAGUCCCACUCCAGAAACAAGAGCAUUUGGUCUCAGAUGACACAUACAGUGCAGUACUGAGGGAGUGCUGCAUGGUUGGUGGUGCCAGCUUUCAUUUGAAACUGAGACCUGAGUUGCAUGUAGAAGAUUCUCGGUACUGUUUUAAAGAAGAACUGCUAUGCUCUCCUGGCCAAAAUUAAACCUCGAUCCAAUAUUGCGAAAACAUUAAUUGCUCAUGCUCAUAUUGCCAUCACUGAGAGUUUGCUGUAUGCUCCAUUUUCCUGCCUGAUAAGUGUCCACACUUCAAAGGUUUAGCAGCGAAGCACUUUGGGAAGUGUGGAGGCUGUGCAGAGUGUUGCACAAGUGUUCGCUUCUUUGUUUCCAAGUGACUACUCUCACUCUCAGAAGUAUGUCCGAGGCAAAAUGGUGGAGGUAGAGCAGGAAUGAGAAAGAAGCUGCGAGUAUUGUCCAAUCAGAGAGGAGCAUUCUCAAUACAGGCAAGGAUUAAAGUGACUGGACUGAAGAGUGCAGCAAGUUCCUGAGGGUACCAUCAUUGUGGGUGAAUGAAUGGCCUCCAGUCGUAGAAUAAGACGUUUAUUGAACUGUGCGACAUAAAUGGUGGGAGGAGAUUUCUAAGGGAAUGUAGGGCAAGGCCGUGGAGGGCAUCUGACAACUGCAGCCCCUCAUCAAUAAAUUUAGGGGGUUCCAGACCCCUGAGAAAGCCUUCAGAUUUGCCCCAUAUUGUGUUCGAAUGCCCUCCCUUUCGCCUGAGUGCUGGUCGACUGUGUGACUGCUUUGCAGAACACCUACAUUCUGUCUGUAGAAAUGACCCUCAGCUUCCAGUUGCCUGCAGCUUUAAAACACAACCAUGUUCCCUGGUCAACACCUCUCAGGUUUGCUGCAGUACUAUAGCGAAGCUCCGCAUAAGCUGGAACAACAGCACCUCAUUUUCCGCUUGGGGACCCUGCAAUAUCAAAUUCAGUAAUUUUAGAGCAAGAACAUCUUUUUCCAUGUCCUUUGGCUACCCCCACACCCCAUGCCUUGUCAUAACAUGGCCUGCUUAAGCACAGCCACCCCAUUUUCACCUCCUUAUUGUCCCCAUAAUCAACUUUACUCCUUCCCUGGUUUAGUAUCACCCAUCCCUUUGUCCACCUAAUGUCUUCCUGCCUGUCUGGGCUCUGUCUCCAAUUAACUACUCACUCCUCCUCCUCCUCGCCCCGCUCCCCCCCCGCCUCCACCCCCACCUUACUCCCUGUCUUCGUCAUAAGUACCACCUUUUUCUAGCUACUCUCAGUUCUGAAAUAAGGGUCACUGGACUCGAUAUUAACCCUGUUUCUGCUCCACAAAUGCUGCUAGACCUGCUGAGUUUCUCCAAUUAUUUCUGUUUUCAUUUCGGAUGAUUGGCUAAUUCAGAUUGAUUAGACAAAUAGGUUAAAAAAUAAACAGUUUGUUCAGAGAUGUUAUCACGUACCUCUGGAGCAGGUAGGACUAGAUUAAUUCAGGAUAUCUGGU